CCGGAGCCCUCUCUCUCUCUCUCUCUUUCUGUGUUACGCCAUUGCUUGAAGGUGGAUUUAAGAUUAGUUGCAAAUCUCCCGAUCUCCAAAAGCCCUAAUCCGAUGUGAUUCAUUUCCUGGUAAAAUCGGGAUUAAAUUCUGAUUACCCAUGAAUGUAAUCUAAUCCCGGUCUCUGCAAUUCUGUGUUUUCGGAAAAAGGAAGAGGAAGAGAAAUGCCAAGUGUAGCUGUGAAGCUCUAUAGCGUGCUCUUCAAGUUCCUCUUGAAGCACCGUUUGCAGAACCGGAUCCAGGCCCGACCCGACGAUUCCAAUCCGUUCGGAAUCACCUCACGACCAGAAGAAACAGUCGCCGCCGCUAAUCCUCUCUUCACCGACGGGGUCGCCACCAAGGACAUCCAUAUCGACUCCUUCACCUCCCUCUCCAUCCGAAUCUUCCUCCCGGAGUCCUCCCUCACCCCGCCCGACCCCGAUUCCAAACCCCCUCCCGGGCCUAGGGCUAGGGCUUCCGGCCCCAAACGAUCCGAUCUCGAUUCUUCACAUUCACCGCCCAGCUACUCCUAUCCUUCUCGCCGCAACAGCUAUGGCAAUUUCGGAUUGCCACCGCCGUCGGAGGAGGUAAAGAGGGAGCCGAGGAGGAACAGCUAUGGAUGCAGCAACGACAUCGUCGAGGGCGGCGGAGUUUACCGAGGCUACUCGCCGUCGGGGGAGAAUUGCCGGAAAUUGCCGGUGAUGCUGCAGUUCCACGGCGGGGGAUGGGUGAGCGGGAGCAACGACUCGGCGGCCAAUGAUUUCUUCUGCCGGCGGAUCGCGAAGCUCUGCGACGUUGUUGUUGUGGCGGUCGGGUACCGCCUUGCGCCGGAGAAUCGGUAUCCGGCGGCGUUUGAGGAUGGGCUGAAGGUGUUGAAUUGGCUCGGGAAGCAGGCGAAUUUGGCGGAAUGUAGUAAAUCGAUGGGGAGUGUCCGGAGCAGCGGCGGAAGUGCAGAGUUCAAGAAGUCGGACGUUAACCGGCAUAUCGUCGACACGUUCGGUGCGUCCAUGGUUGAGCCGUGGUUGGCCGCCCAUGGAGAUCCAUCAAGAUGCGUUCUCCUUGGAGUGAGCUGUGGUGCUAACAUUGCAGAUUAUGUGGCUCGGAAAGCUGUUGAGGCAGGCAGGCUUUUGGAUCCUGUGAAUGUUGUAGCACAGGUCCUGAUGUACCCGUUCUUCAUCGGAAGUGUCCCUACACAUUCUGAGAUAAAGCUUGCAAACUCCUAUUUCUAUGACAAGGCAGUGUGUACGCUCGCGUGGAAACUGUUCCUACCCGAGGAAGAGUUUAGCCUGGAUCACCCAGCCGCCAACCCUCUCAUCCCAGAUAGAGGGCCACCUUUAAAGCUCAUGCCGCCAACCCUAACAGUCGUCGCAGAACACGACUGGAUGAGAGAUCGAGCUAUCGCUUACUCAGAGGAGCUUCGGAAGGUUAAUGUUGAUGCACCGGUCCUAGAAUAUAAGGACGCGGUUCAUGAGUUUGCAACACUUGACAUGCUUCUCAAGACCCCUCAGGCGCAGGCCUGUGCUGAGGACAUUUCUAUCUGGGUCAAGAAAUACAUCUCACUGAGAGGCCAUGAAUUCUCAUACUGAGCAUGAUAUCGGUAAAAAAUGCAGAUGAUGUUUUCGCAGGAGAACGAGAAACAGCGACUUGUGUGUUCUUCAGCCGCUCAAAAGAGCUCUGGUCAGCUGCCAUUACAGGGUCUUAAAUAUAUUUGGUUUGGAAAAGCGGUUUAGCCUUCUCAAGCUCUUUUAUUGUCUACCUCCCGUUGUAUUUUCUGUUCUUUUUGUAAGAUAGAGAACUUGCCCUCUACUGAGUGUAGGAUUUAGGUGAGCCUUUGUGAUGCUUUCCACAUCUUGCUUAGUAACUCCGGAUGUUGUUAUUCCAUUUUUUCUUGUCUAUUACACUGUACUAUUUCUUAUGAAUACAGUUCAAUUCAAUGAGAAUUCUCAUACUAUUAUUAAAUUA